AUGCCUUAUUUCGCAAAGCGAGUAAGAGAAAUGUUUGCUGGAAAAGUGCAGAAUAUUAUUAUUCCACAAUAUCCUAGAACUGCAUUAAUUCGAGGAUCUGUUUAUUAUGGAACAUUAAUUGAUACGACACAAGAAUUCUCAAUUCUUUUCUCGCCAGUUUCUCCCUUUGCGAAUCUAUUGAACGUAAAUAUUUAUGUCACCGAAAAGUACGAUGUAAAGUUGUGUUCGGAUGAAGGUGUAAAGAUUUUCGGAACGAUCACUGUCAUUCUUCCAGAUUUUGUUGAAUCUAUUAAUGACAUUCUUGCGGUUAAAUUGACCUUUUAUAUUGGAAAAAAUGAGUCCAGAACUGUCGCAAAAGCUUCACAAACUGACAAAGAACUUAAAACGAUCUUGGAAUUCAGUAUCGAUUUUUCUUAA